AUGGAUAUAGCACUAAAUGGUUUUAAAGAAACAGGGUUGUGGCCGUGUGACAGAAAUGUCAUUAAAGAAGAGGAUUUCGUAGCUUCUGUAUACAUCUCUAAUCCAUCAAAUCAAAAACCUAAUGAUCCUGCUGAACCAAAUACGGAAUCAUCUGCUAGGAUUAUAUCACCGAUUUUAACGCCACCAAUAGUUGCAUCGAUACCAAUGACGGCUGUAUCUCCACCAAUAGUAUCAUCCCUAUCACCACCUGGACCUUCUACAAUAUUACAAGAUAUAUCACAUGAUAAUAAUAUAUUAACAGUUGAUGAAAUGACUAAUGAACAACAAAUAAAGACUUUCUUGAAUAUUUUAUCUCCUGUGCCUUGCAUAAAAACAGUAACUAAAAAA